CGCAUCGUUCGUGCACUUGUCACUUGUCCCGUCAUCUGCUCUAGCCGCUUGUCGCGCCUGAUUGUUUGACAGCGCGUCGAUUGCGUCGGUAUGUUUGACGGCGGAUAAAAUAGCGAGGCGGAAACGGGAGCGAAAAUGUUGCUGUACACGCUGAUCGGUGGCUACGUGCUGACUUCGAUGAUACUCUUCAAGUAUCCGACUCUGCUGCACAAGAAGAAGAAAGUGAAGUUCCUGUGCCAGCACAUUAGUCACCGGGGUGGAGCAGGCGAGAGCUACGAAAACACGAUGUACGCAUUUAAACGAGCAAUUGCUGUUGGAACCCAAAUGUUGGAGUUGGAUUGUCACCUUACCAAAGACGGAGAAGUGAUAGUUUCUCAUGAUCAGAAUCUUUUGCGUAGCACUGGCGUGAAUAAAAAUAUCUCUGAACUAAAUUACAAGGAUUUACCUCUCUUAAAGCAACGCUUACCGAUAGACUUUGAUCCAGAUGUGGAAUACGUGGGUUCUGCAAAAGAGGAGGAUCGACGAUUUGCACUGCUACAAGAGGUCUUUGAAGCGUUCCCCAACAUCCCUGUUAAUAUCGAUAUUAAAAUCAAUGAUGAUCGACUUAUAGCAAAAGUUUCUGACCUUAUAAAACAAUUCAAUAGGGAAGAAUAUACAGUUUGGGGAAAUUUUAGUGAUGAGGUCACACAGAAAUGUUAUAAAAUGAAUCCAAAUGUCAACUUACUGUUUUCUAUGCAACGUGUGACAAUGUUGAUUUUUCUUAUGUAUACUGGUUUAUUGCCAUUCGUACCACUAAAGGAAACGCAUCUUGAGAUAUUCUUACCUUCAAUCUACUUGCGACGUAAAGGUGGUCCGAGUCCAACGUUUUUACCAUUGGAAAAAUUGGUAGUGCGUACAAUCAAUGUAUUAUUAAUGAGACCGUGUUUAUUCAACCAUUUAAAGGCACGGGGCAUACAUGUUUACUUUUGGGUUUUGAAUAAAGAUGACGAGUUCAAGAAGGCAUUCGAAUUAGGAGCGACUGGCGUAAUGACGGAUUAUCCGACGAGAUUAAAGUUAUUUCUGAAGAAUCAUACAACGGAAUGAAAAUGCUUCACAUUGGAUGAUACAAAGUAUUGAGAGAAAAUUAUUCGCGGAGUUACAUCUAAAGAGAUAUCUGCCAUAAUAAGCUAGAAUGCGUAUGAACUAUACAGAAGAGAAGCAAAGUGGUAUAUUUUUUAUAAGCAAAGCAGAACUACUUGCUUAUGUUCUGUGUAUAAAUGCCAAUUUGAAGAAUAUCGCCACAAUUGCGAACAGCUCGUACAAAUCAAUCCAUUAGAGAGAAAUGCAUGUACAUGCAUCACUAGAUCAUUGUAUUAUGUUGCCGUUACGUUAAUGCGGGUAUUAAUUCAAAGUUAGUAAGAAUUGCUGUUUUGGCUCUGGCCUCUUAAUUACUCCAUUUAUUUAUCAACUUGUUUUUCAUUUUAUUGAUUGAAACGUGUAUCUAAUGAGAUGUUUCAUUUUCCAUCGAGACAUAUCUAAUUUAGAAAUGUAAGAGAUGAUGUCGCGAUUUCCAUCAUUAAUUACUUUGCACAGUAUAUAGUUCCUUAAAUGUUUCUAUAAUUAGUAACUCAGUCAGUAGAACGGAUCAUGCAAUACAUAGUAUAAUAAUUUGAUAUUCAUCUUUUAUGCUAUUUAAUUUAUGAAACCAAUGGUCUCAGACUGCAACAUUCGCAUCGUAAUAUUCUUAUUUUUGGGAUACAUGUCUCCUCUCCUAUAAGCUGAAAGAACUGAUAACGCGGUUUAUUGUUUUGCCGUUUAUUUAUUCUUUAUGAUUAUGUAUUAUUUCACACUUAGACCUAUUGCGACAAAACAAUUCGCACGUCUUAAAGUCUACGUGCAUAUCCCGAUUUUCAGUACAAAAUAUCUCUUGAUUAAUAUAUCUCUCUGGGGCCAGUGUUAGCUUAGCCCGGUAUUCAGUGGCUUCAAAUAACACACAGUCUGAUCUAUGGUAAAUUUGUUAAAUAAUUUUUCACAUUUUCAUAGUCCCAUAAAGAGAAUACAGUUUAUGUAAGAGAAAAGAUUUGAGCUACUACGCUGAUCGUGAUAUGUCUAGUAUAUAUGGGUGUGAUAAGAAAUUCCCUUUUCGUAAAUGAAUGUGAUAAAAGUAGCGUCAGUCUCGGUAACGUCGAGAGACUAAAGAUUGAAAAUCCUCGUGAGACUAGUUCUUAAUUAAAUAAAAAAAAUAAAAUUUAUGUGCACUUGCAACAAUUAUAUCUGAUGAGUAUGACGUUAACAAUAUGUCUAUGACAUUUUGAUUCGCAUACAACAUGAUGCCAAUAUUAACUUUGUAUAACUUAAUAAGGCAAACAUACUUCAGGGAUCGUCGCUCUUCAAUGUCGAAGAACCCGUCCCUGUAGAAGCAUGUUGUACGUAUUAAGUUACAUCAUGUAUUUACAUACAGGGCAUUUUAUAACUAAUGUAACUUAUAUAAUUGUCUAUGAAUAGCUAUAUGUUGGAUAUGCAUACUUUUCUAAUGUUUUAAAUCUAGAAGAGCAGUAUUAAUAUAAAGAAAUAUUACGUUAAAGUAUUUACCUGCAGCUUGCACAUUUUUAAAAAGUUUAAUAUAAUAGCAUCUUUUCUAAUUUAUUAUAUGUAAUUUAUAAUUUUUUUAUAAGAGAUCUGUAUGUGCCACAAUAUAUCCGUAUAAUAUACAUAUGCAAAUGUGAACAUGAAAAUACCAAAUAUAGUUAUGAAGGAUAUCAAUGUUUACGGCUAUAAGAUAGAAUGGAGAAUAUUGCGCACUAUAUGCUGUCUUAUCAGACGGUCAUAGAAAGCAUGUGAUAUGUGUUAUAAUUGUUUAAUAUACUUGUAAUGCUUAUUUCUCAACAAUUUGGUAUUGAAGCAUUUAAUAACAAACGUAUUAAACUUAUAGAUCUAACGUUCUCGUAUUUUGUAACAAGUAUUAUUUAGACAAGUAUUAAUUUAGACUUAAAAAAUCUACAUAAAUCUUUCAUAUUACAGAAAAUCCAUUAUAUUUUAUUUAAACUCUUCAUGUGAUGAAAAAAGAUAAAAAAUUGUUACAAAUGUUUGUUUUAAAGAUUUUACAAAUAUAUGCAAAAUGUGUGAAUAUAGGCAUCAGAAAGACAGGAAUUAUUCAACGUAUCUUGUAUAUUUAAGUAAAUUUUCUAUUUAACUUUACAAAUGUAUUUCAUACGCAGUGAGGGUUAAAUAAAUAAUGUAUCAAAUUUUGUUAAAACAGUUUACUUCUAUUAAAUAAUUGAAAUUCUAUAAUGUAUAAUUAAAAUAUUGAAAAUGUUUUACAUGAAUGUUAAUAUUAUAGAAGAAAUAAACACGCACUAUGUACAAAAUUCAUGUACCUUUGUACUUAAAAUGAACUUUGCAUAUUUGUAUAAACGCAAAGUUUAUACAAUAUAUAUGUUUCCAUUCUAUGA